AUGGUGCUGAAUAUUUCAGUAGAAAUCAGGAGUCUCAGGACUCUUCUCCUGCUGCGCUGUUUACUGUGUACAGCUGGAGACGAGACGGUCACACUGCAGGAAGUGGAAGGAACCACUAUAACUCUCCAUACUGGGAUAACUGGAAUUCAGAGUGAUGCUCAGAUUCAGUGGUUUUAUGGACCUGAGAAAGGAGAGGAAAAGAUGCUGAUCAGUCAGGUGUUUAAAGGAGAAACUGUGACAGAAAUCAGUGAGAGAUUUAAAGAGCGACUGCAGCUGGACAGAAUCAGUGGCGCUUUAACCAUUAGGAACAUCAGCAGAAACCUUUCUGGAGUUUAUUUAUUACAAGUUCUUACUCCACGUCUCUCUUCAAGGACUUUCAGUAUCAGUGUUUAUGCUCCAGUAUCAGCUCCAGUAAUAAGAAAUCAAAGAGGAAUCCGAGGUGUGUCUUCUACAGAGCCGUGUUUCCUCCUGUGCUCUGUGGAGAAUGGAGAAGAUGUGAAGUUAUCCUGGUACAGAGAGAAUGAGAGAAUCUCCAUCACCAAUAACACAGAUCUCCGUGUUCCCCUCAGUCUCACACUUCAAAUACAACACCCAGAGAAUAACAUGAACUCUUAUAUCUGUGUGUCUGCAAACCCUGUCAGCAAUAAAACAACUUCUCUCAACAUCACACAGCUCUGUUAUUAUAACUCCGGUCAAACUGGUCAUUCCUAUUCACUGCUAUUUGCCCUGAUAUCUUCUGGAGUUUUCCUGAUAUUAUUAAUAUCCAUCCCUGUGUGGGUUUGGCUGAAGAGAAAAUGCAACAAGUUUCUGAAAAAACUUGGGGAACUGACUUACACUGAGGUGGAAUUUACAGCUCGCAGUGCAGAGAGAGUUAAAAAGGAAGAAGAUUCGAGAAUAACGGGUGAUGAUCAAGAGCAGAAAACCUUCGUGCUGUAUUCAGUGAUGAAGAGACUCUCAUAAUUCGAUCAUCCUUCUUUUGUUUUUAAAUUCAUUAACUUAUUUUAAUUAAAUGGUCAGAAUGGACACUAUGUGAUGUAAGCCUCUUAUAUUUACAACAUGUACAUUAUAUUUAAUAACCAUUCAAACCAUCCUCAAUGUUUCAGAGAACUUGUAUCAGAUACAGGUAUC